AUGCAAUCACUCAAUGAGGAUGAGUUUGGAGUGAUUUUCAGUUUUUUGGAUUGCAUUUUUGUACAUGAGACUUUUAGUUUGGUUUCUCGAUCGUUUAAUUCUUUAUUAAUUCGGGAUGAAUAUCAAAAGGAAUAUGUGAGAAAGAAAAUUCAGAGACUCACAUCGGAAGAUACUAAAAAACAUGAUCCUACAAAUUCUGCUCCAAAAUCUUACAAUAGAUAUAGAAUGGAUAAAUUAUAUGACCCAUAUUUACAUUUGGAAAACAAUUUUAGAAAGACAUUCUUGGAAUUAAAGGAAAAAGUAGAAAAGGAAAUUGAGGAAAGUGUAGAAGAACGAAGAAAAGUUGCCAAAAUACGUUCCAGUAAAGAGGAACUCUAUCAGCAUUUUGAGGAAAUUAAAUCAACUAUUCAGGAGAAACAUUUGGAACCUUUGAAAGGUGUGGAUUUGACUAAGGAAUCUUGCACAGAAGGACAAAAGUCAAAUCAUAAAAAGAUUAUAUUUAAUGGUGAUGGAUCAGUUGGAAAAACAUGGUUAAUUCACUAUUUGGAUUUUGGUGAUGCACCUACAUAUUACAACCUUCCAUUUGAUACUUCUACCAUUUCAUACCAUUAUAAUAACAUUGAGAUUUCUAAAUUUUAUUUGUGGGAUACGGCAGGUCAGGAAGAACUAAGACCGCUGAGUUAUCCUGAAACUGAUUUAUUUUGUGCUUGCUUUAGUACAGUUUCUACUAAUAGUUUUGAGAAUAUUCAACACAAAUGGAUACCAGAAAUUAGGCAUUACAACCCAGACAUUCCAAUUAUUUUAAUAGGAUGUAAGGUUGAUUUGAGGAAAAGUUUAAAAGUUCUCCAAGAGUUGAAGUUUCAACACUUUACAACACCAAUUAGUUUCAGUGAAGGAGAAUUGAUGGCUCGUUCUACAGGUUGUUGUACCUAUGUUGAAAGUUCAGCAAUAACUGGAGAGGGAAACACAAAAGAGUUGGCAGAGAUUUUUGCCAAAACGCUUAUUUAUUACAAUCAAAGAGAAUUAUUCCCAAAGAAGAAGAAAAAGAAUUGUCAACUAAUGUAA